GUAUUUAAUACGCCAUGUGUCUCGUUGGUAUUGGCCGAGGUAUUUGCAAGAAAGGAAACUAUGAUUCAACAGUGACAUUUAGACAUUAAGUAAUUUUAGGCAUCAACGAUCAACAAUGGUAAGAGCGUGGCGUAUUUUGCAAGAAGAAACAGACGACCCUCGCGAUGCUUUGUACAGUAAUGAGUCUGUAUCCUUAGAGCAGCUGGCACAAGUUGGCGUUGAGUAUUUUAAGUUUGAUGCAGACACAUUUGAACAAAAUGAUGAUUAUCUCAAGUUAAAAAAUAAUAGAGGAUACUCGUAUAGUGAUACAAUAAGUGUGAGCAGAGCAACUCUGCCGGAUUUCGAUGCCAAGAUCAAAUCUUUUUUUGAAGAACAUCUCCACACAGACGAUGAAAUCAGAUUCAUUUUGGACGGUUCGGGUUACUUUGAUGUUCGUGACUUAGACGGCCGUUGGAUACGAAUAGAAUGUGUUAAAGGCGACCUUCUGGUGUUACCGUCUGGUAUUUAUCAUCGAUUUACUUUGGAUAAAAAGGAUUAUAUUAAAGCACUGCGAUUAUUCAUUGGGGUUCCUGUGUGGACUCCACAUAACAGACCAGCUGAUUCAAUGAAGGAAAGGCUUGAUUAUGUUUCCAAGUACCUCACUGCAACUACUACAAAUUGAACAUGUGCUUAGAAACAUGUUUUACUGUAAAAAAAUCUGGUGACCAUAAAGGUUUAACAGAAUCUCCUUUAUUUUAACAAUCUAAUAGUGUCUGCAAUACUUUCAUUGGCAGUAAUGUCAGCCUUUUAACAUUUCUACUGUUUUAACAAGUUUCUUUCUCUGAUAUUAAUCUAAUUAUUUCAGAAAUUAUAAGCCUAACAAAUUAAGUUUCAACUGUUUGUGUUAAUGCUGGUUUUUUAAUUUUAUCGCUUUUAUUUUAGUAAGUUUUUAUUUGAGUUUUACAGGCUGUCAUAACUUUCUUUUUUGUCAACCAAGUUUUAUCCCCGAAUAUUAAUCUUUAGAAACAAACAAACAGAUUAGGUUUUAAUCCAACAGAUAGGUUUUAAUUGUGUUAAAGUUCUCAAACUAACAAAUUAGGUUCUAACUGUGUGUGUUGGUUUUGUUCAUAAUCAAAGUUCCACAACUGAAAUAAAUUUAUUUAGGGAUCUUCAAUUUUUGUUUUUUUUCCAAUCUGUUUUGACCAUGUUACACUUUGGUUGUGUUUGUGUCAUAAUUGGGAUGUUGUACAUAGUUUCACUAAUGUAUUAAAGGACAAAAUAAAAUUAUAAAUCAUUAUA